UUUCACAAAAAUCAGUUUAUUGCUCAUCUUCGCUAUUUGUAAAUUCUGUUUUGUGGAUUGAAACAUACAUCGGAACAUUCCAAAUAUUUAAUUGUAAUGCCGUGUUUACAGGAAUUUCCAGAAAAUAUUACAAUGGCCACUAAUAACGGAAUCUCAACACCAUCUUCGGAUAAUACCGAACACAAGGAUCAGGAUUCAACGCAACCUAUAAGAGAAAUUACACAAACCGAUCGACUAAAUAACCGUUUACUAAAAUCAUUUUUAGAGCAUGUGAAUGCAGGACAUAUAAAUAGUUAUAAACUUUCUAAUUGCAUUGAAAGUGACAAUUCUAACGACUUUAGUCAAUAGUGAUCUAGAUUAUCUACAUCCGUUAUUUGAAAUGUUUACCAAUAAAAUUUCUGACCAAGGCACAUAGUUAACUUUUUUAAAUAAUUGUAUAAUAAUAAUUGGUUUUUGUUGCUCAUGUCAUAAAUACACCUUUAUUAUUCA